AUGCCGCAUGGGCCGCCAAUAUUCCAUGACGGCACCAAGGAGUGGAUGUGUUGCCACAAGCGAAGCCACGAUUUCUCGCUAUUCCUCUCCAUCCCAGGCUGCAAGCGAGGCAAGCACACCACUGAGAAACCCGAACCAAUCACCCCUGCAGCACCAGCACCAGCACCACCAAUGCCAUCCCCUGUUCGAGCAGCAGGAGCGACAGCAGAGGCAGCAGCAGCACAAUCAUCAGCAGCAGCAUCGUCACAGCAGCAGGCAGCGUGCAAUCGGUGCUCUCAGGGCUUCUUCUGCUCUGAUCACAGUGCACGGCAAGGUUCGACUGCUGCUGCUCCCCCCCAGCCCUCCCGGCCGCCCACGUGGGACAUUAAUGCGGAGCGCACGUGCAGCAACAAGGGGUGUGGUGCCAAGUACCGCGAGAUUGACAACAGCGAUGGCGCCUGCAAGCACCACCCAGGGCCUGCUGUGUUCCACGACAGAAAGCGAGGGUGGCAAUGCUGUGGAGUAUUUGUGAACGAUUUCGAUGAGUUCCUUGCCGUUCCGCCAUGUGCUACUGGUUGGCACUCUGACGAGGUGUAA